AUGGCGGCGGGGCCGGGAAGACUGCGGGCCGCCGGCGGGGAGCGGCCCCGCGCCCGGCGCCCCGGCCCGCGGCUCCCGAGCCCGGCGCCCCGGCCGGGCUCUGGCAGGAGGGCCGCGCAGCGGCUCGCGCGGAUGCAGGUGUGCGCGGGGAGGGCGGCACCAGGGGGCCGCGGCCCACAAAGGCCCGGGGUAAUGCCUAGCCGGGCACCGGUCCCUGUGGGGCUGCGGAGAGAGGGUGCGGGCCCCCAGGACUGCCCCUCCGACCGCGUCCGCACUCUGCGCCCGCGGCCAAGAAAGGCGGGCAAAAAGUGUGAGGCGGCUGCGGGUGGCGAAGGGGAGCAGCGGCAGCGGGAUGGCGGGCAGCACGGGAGCCUAGCCGAGCCGGGAGCCGGGGCCGCCGCCAGAGUCGCCGGAGCCGGAGCCCGAAGCCGGGAGCCCUGCAGCGCCAGCCCGCCCAGCUCGGCCGAGGGGCGUCGGUUCCCUCCUCGGUUCCCGGAAUCCAACACACUCUGGAGGUUUGUAUUGACGCGCUCCCGGCGCGGCCCAGAGGCCUUGCUCCGUUUCGGGAGCACCUCUCCGCCUAGCCGCUCCGAGGGGCCCCACCACCGGCCGUCGGUGCGCCGCGGGCCGCGGGCCCGCCGCCGAGCGCAAGCCCCGCUGGCCGCCGCCAUGCCCGCCGCGGAGCCCCCGCCGCUCGAGGACUCUGGGACUACGCCGAAGCCGAACUUUUAG